UGUAGUAAAUUGAGGGCCAGCUGUAUAUGUUUAUGGCACCAUCUAGUGGACAUUCAAUAACAUUUUCUUGAGAUGGUAAUUAAAUCAGGCAUUAUUACUGGCCUUUAUUAGGACCCAGCUAAGGACCUCUGAUGAUGUCAUUUUCAGUUGAGCCACAUGUGACAUGUUGAUAUGGAAGGAUGUUGUGCUGGUGACAAUCUGAUUGCAUCUACAUGGUUAUUUGCAUCAUCUUGUUGAUUUCAUGUUGUGUUUGCGUGCAUCAAAGAAACCAUACACACCUGUUCUGAUCAACAUAAGAUAUGCAAGACAUGAAGAUUAAACUGUUCAAUUUCUAUAAAGAGUGGUCUGUGAGUGGUGUGUGCACAUCUCAUCAAAGGGACAAAUAAUCAUAAAUGUUCUAACCGAGCAUUCUUUGGUGGUUGCAAACGGGUAGUAAUCAGCACCUAAGUGACUGUAUUACAUUUAAAUGUUAUAAUCUGUAACAUGUGGUCCUUCGAGCCGGAUAAUGCAACUUCUAAAGUAUCAACAAAGUCAACACAUAGAGAGGAGAUUGGUGAUGCAACAGUACGUCCCCGUCGCAGUACACAUCUACCAAAUUACCUUAAAGACUAUGACGUUGAUUAUGUGCCAGAGCAAAGAACUGCACACAUACCACCAGACCACUCCAACGAGGGAGAACAAUUAAUUGGUGCCACAGGAGGUAUGCCACUGCCUCAGAAAGGACAUGUCACUCCAAAUCUCUCUGAAAAGCACUCAUCAUUGCUAUUUACACCAUCAAAUCUAGCUCAUUCAUCAAAACGGCUACCAAGUAACAAUGAGGAUCGAACCUCUACCUUACCACAAUCAGUAUCACAUAGUAUCAAAUCAACGGCCACAAGAGAUCAAAGGGAUCCACGUUAUGACCAAGAUACACCAGUGAAACACAGUAAGGAGCAGUUACAUGUUCAACAUCAGAAUGACAGGAUUGAUGAGAUUAUUGAUGAGCUUCAGAGAAUGAAGGUCCAUUUCAAACCUCCCCCUUCCAUAUCAUCAUCACCAGAUCGUACAUCCAUCGAUUCUAGGGGUAAACAUGCUGAUGAAUACCGCCAUCAUCCAAGGCAUCAUUACAGACGUGAUCACAGCCCUGAAUUCAAACCAGAGAGACCAUUUAUGCCUUACCGCCCUCUGUCUCCACCUAACCAAGAGAACUUUUACCGUGGUCCAACACCUACUAUUCCUUAUUUUGUAAAGGAAGAUCCACAUGAGUUUGCAAGGUUAAAAAUUGCCCUUGACAAUCUUUUGCCAACUGAUGCUACAGAGCGUUUCAAGUUUCAGAUACUGAUGGAUCAUCUGAAGCUGGAAGAGGCAUUACUAAUUGCUGAUUCUUAUAGUAAUAGCACCCAUCCAUACAGCUACACAAUGCAAGCUCUCACAGAACUAUAUGGGCAGCCUCAUCAAUUAGCGCUUCAGCGCAUCGCUGGACUGAUGGAUGGUCCAAGCAUAAGAAGUGGUGAUACCAGAGCAUUUAGACUUUUUGCACUGAAAGUUCGUGCAUUAGUUGGAAUGUUAGACCAGUUAGGAAGACAUGGCUAUACAGAAUUGACUUGUGGGUCUCACGUUUCCAGGCUCUUAGCUAAAUUGCCUCACGACCUCAGAGCAAACUUUAAGAGGUAUGUGAAUCCUCUAAAAACCCCAAUACCCACAUUACUAGACCUAGCAGAGUGGCUGGAGUAUGAGGUAAGGGUACAAGAAGAUGGUACUCAGUUUGACAUUGACCUAAGCAGAGAUAGACAGGGUCCCCACAGAGAUAGACAGGGUCCCCACAGAGAACAACAGAGAGGACCUAAAGUCACUCACAAGUCCACAGCUAUUUUCCAUGGAAGUGAGCAAAGACAACCCCCCAAAGCUGACCGCUCUUGCUAUAAUGCAGCCGAGGAAGGAAAACCUUUGGAGAGACCAAAGAAGUUCUGCCCAUUUUGUAACACAACACAACAUUACCUGAAUCAGUGCUCAAACUUUAAGUUGUUGACCAAAGAACAGAUUGAGACAUGGAUUAAGUCCAAUCAGAGAUGUUGGAAAUGUGGGCGUGAUCAUCCUAUGGCUCAGUGCUCUCUAAAGGCUAAAUGCAAAAAGUGUCAAAGGAGACACUUAGAAGUCCUUCAUGAUGUCAAUACUGGAAAGAGUAGUGAUGUUACAAACCCAUUUGGAGAGAUUAUGCAUUCUACCAGUACAUCAGCAGAAACUUUGUAUGUCGAUCGACCUACAGGUAGCAGUAAAGUGCUGCUAAAAAUGUGCAGAGUUAUCUUACGAAAUGGUGACAUGUCUUUGGACACAUACGCUCUUCUGGAUGACGGUUCAGAACGCACCAUACUUCUCAAUGAAGCAGCUCAGUAUCUCAACCUUCAUGGUAAUGCUGAAGAACUGUCUCUGCGCACAGUACGUCAGGACAUACGCAUUAUCCAUGGCUUUUCAGCCAGCUAA